AUGUGUUUUUCGGGGGAUAAAAGAUGGUCCAGGAAGAUCAAGACUAUCGAUAUCCUAAAUACUUUUGAUCUAGAUAAUCUUCACUUCCUCAUGUCCGUCAAUAAACCCGAUAAUUUUCAGCAAAUGAAGCUAGCUGCGGCAUGUUUCGGCUUGAAUUUUGAUAAUUGGACUAUGGAAACAGCAAUUUUUUGGCGACAAACAAAAGGAAGUCAACGUGGGAGUCCCGAGUUCAAUUGCUCGUAG